AAAAUAUUUCUAAUAGUUUUAAUUUUUCAGUAUGCAUUUCGAGAUCUACUACUUUAUUGCUCAAUUCGCAAUACUUUGUAAUUUAAGUCAUGUAACAAAGGCUAAAGCGAUGAUUGGAGCGGGUAUUAAAAUUGUAGACGAAAAUCAAUUUCGUUACCUUGCAUCCAUUCAGCAAAUAAGCCGAUUAAACAAUCAAGUUUUGUUUAACCACAUUUGCACCGGAACGCUUAUUUCAAGCAAAAAUGUGUUGACUGCAGAACAUUGUUUACACAAUGAAUUAAAAGAAAAUCUUCAAGUAGCAAUUGGAUCAAACGAUUUCAGAUAUGGUGUCAAAUACAAUAUUUUAUGGUGGCUGACGUAUGACGCUUGGGCCGAACACAAAAACGACAAAUACAUUUUUCGAAACAAUGACAUUGCUAUACUAAGGCUAAACGGUGACAUACAUAGUAUUGUUCCGCCACUUAUUUCCAAUACACUCACGUUGGGUUUAUAUGAUUUAACAGUAACCGCUGUAGGAUGGGGUAAAAUUGAAAAUGGCCAAGUAUUCCCAAAGCUGAAAUCUGUCGAUUUAACAGUUAUAACGAAUUCCGAAUGCGAAAACAGAGUUCUGAGAUUCGCAAGAAAACAAUAUAAUGUUCCACUAAGAUACAUAUGUACUGCCGCAAACCCUCCAGCAUUAUUACAUUACGGUGACAGCGGUGGUCCUUUAUUAUAUAACAACCAAAUCAUUGGCAUUAGUAUAUCUACAGUUCCAGAGGAUGAAUAUAUCGUUGAUCCAAACAAAUUAAAUAUCCAUUUAGUUACACAAUAUUAUCAAGACUUUAUUUCAGAGGUGAAGAAUAUACCUUGAUUAUACGCCUCAAGAAAUAGUAGCAAAAAUUAACAUUAUUAAUAUUAUAUUAUUAACACAUAUAAAUGCUUAAAUA